AUGUUGCGAGGUUUAGGGUCUUGGUUGGGUUUGGACAACCCGGCGGACGCCAACGCGUUGGCCGACGCAGAGGAAGAGCAGCAGAAGUUGGAGGAAAAAGUGGUGGAAGCUCAAAACGAGGUAAACAAACAGCAAGCAGCAGCUGAUGGCCACCAUGAUGAAGGACGACAAGAUGACGUGGAGACGAAUCAGGAGCUCAAUAAAAGACUUGGCGACUUCAUCUUCAGUUUCGCAUCCAACGCCACCAAAAAGAUCUCCGAGUCCGUGGUAGGGACGGCACAAAGCAUUAAGAAGAGUGUCGAGGAGGGAAAGAUUGACGGCAUCAUUGACAAGACCUUCCUCGGAGACUUUCAGAAGGAGCAAGAGAAAUUUGUACAGGAAAAGAAGUCCAAAAGAUCGGAAGCAGCAGUGCCGCCCUGGGUGGGCUACAAUGAGGAGGAGACCAUCCAGCAACAGAUCCUCGCCCUCUCAGCUGACAAGCGUAACUUCCUACGUGACCCGCCGGCUGGUGUGCAGUUCCAAUUUGACAUGGAGCAAAUGUUUCCUUUGGCCGCCGUCAUGUUGGAGGAAGACCAGCUGCUCAACCGCAUGCGUUUCGACCUGGUCCCCAAAUACGUGAAGGAGGAGGUGUUCUGGCGGAACUACUUCUACCGCGUGUCCCUCAUCAAGCAGUCGGCGCAGCUGACGGCGCUCGCGGCCCAGCAGAAGCAGCAGCAAAAGUCGAACGAUGGUGAAGAAGAUGCCGUCUCGCCCCGUGAUGUCAUCUUAACAGAUAACGUCAGGCCCAAAACGCCUCCGGUUUCCAUCAGCGACAAGCAAAAGCCCGCUCCAGAGGAAGACUUUUCCAUCUCCACCAGUCCCGGUGUUUCCGAAUUUGUGAGCGACGCCUUCGACUCUGCGGCCAUCGACCAUGAGGACCUGCAGAAGGGAAUGGAGCAGCUGGUGCUCGACAAGAAGGACAGCACCGCCUCUGUUGACGAAGAGCAGUCGGACUGGGAGAAGGAGCUGCAGCAGGAGCUCCAGGAGUACGAAGUAGUAGCCGAGUCAGAAAACCGGGACGAGCAGUGGGUCCAGGAGAUCGAGGAGAUGCUGCAAGCGCACGACACUUAAAGCGUGCCACAGGUCAGCCAUUGCUCUUGUUUAUAAACGGACGGUCAACCUUGAACUUUUCCCGGAAAAAGGACGACCUGGGAUGCCAAGAAUGCUUUUGUCACCUUUGCUGGGAAAUGAGUGGUGAUGGCAGGGAAAUGGCGCUAGGGGGCUCUCCAAAGCAAACGACAUGAGUGAUUUUUUUUUUUCCCCCCUUCACUUUUUUCCUUGUACAGUCAAAAUGUAUUAGUUAUCUGAGAGAUAUGUUGUCAGUUAUAAAAUUAACAUAUGUAAAUAAAAACAUAAUUUGAAAA